GGGGCUUAGGAUUCGGUUCAAAUGUCUCCCAGGAGGUGUGGCCGAAAGUGGUACAAAAUACGCUUAUCACCAUGGAGCUUCUAUGGAGUAUCUGUACGUUAUAUGCAAAUGUUAUUUAAACGAGGCUUUUCCGCGGGUGCUACCUUUCAGUCUAUACGUAUUUAUUAGUCUAUGAUAUAUAUGCAUGCUGCGAAUGCGAAGCGCACGCACGACCGUAAAGUUGCAUAGCAACAGAAGCGAAAUGGCAGAGACUAUCACCGUGGAAAACGCUAAAUGCGUUGCAAAUUUAGGGAAAAUAGAUGGAAGGUUGCGACUUGGAGAGUUCCUUGGCUGGACAAUGGCUGAUUUUGAUGAAGAUGCUCAGAUGAGAGAAUCAAUUCUUCUUGAUUUUCUUUAUGAGAGUCUCAUGUUUGGAGCUCAGAAGGGUGUCCCAUGGUCACAAAUACCAGCCCUUUUACAGGUUGCAUCAGAGUUUCAGAAACGAACAAUUGGUCAACCACUCUCGGCAGCAAUCAAGAUCUACAGGGAAAUCUCACAGAGGUACCUGAAUGAUAAUGCAAUAAGUGAGAGCAAUCUUAGACUCUUUACCAGUCACUUGUUUGAAACCUACAUGGCUCACUAUCAACUCUACCAGAUUGUAUUCACCACAGAGAGGGAACCAAUGACUGUCAAGCAACAUCUAGAUGUUCUGCCUCCACCCGAAACAUAUCCUCUUGAUGAGGCCAAACCACUGAAUAUCUGGGAAUAUGAAAGAAAGAUGAGUGAAAUAGAGAAGGAAGAGAAGUCAAGACUGAAUCAGAUCAAGCUAGAAGAAGAAACUAUUCUCAAUGACAUUGAUGAGAAACAACCCUUCAAGGACACCAAAGACACAGUCCUGGACAGACAGCAAGUUUCUGAGUUGAUUAAUGAUGCGAUCCAGCAUCACACCUCACAGACCGAGAAGCUUCUCCAGACGAAGGUCGAAGGUAGGCUGGAGGACCUCUCAUUCUACCUUGAGAAGACCGCCCUGCCACGCCCAGAGCACCUAGGCCCACCCCCAAGGACCAAAGAACCACCCAGGAUGUCAGCAAAGAGCAGGGCUGGUGGCAAGCUGGGCUCCGACGGCAUGCCUUCAGCCAAAUCAAAGAAAUCCAAGAAAUCUGCAAAGACAAAGUGAAAAUGGAAAGAGCAAUGCGUAAAGGGAAAACAUUUCAGCCCAUAUUCCGAAUUCCCGAUCAAUUUUAAUGUCAUCUGGUAAUUCUGUGGGUUAAUUAAUUAUGGUUGAAUGGAUAUGACACAAAUCUAUAACAUUAGUCACUCAAUUUAUCAGCUUGUUUGGCGCUCAAAUCCUUAGGAAUUAAAAAGAGAAAAGAAAUUGUUUUCUUCACAAUUGAAGCAUGGGGAAAUGAGGCAGUAAACAUAAGAAACAUGAAAUAUUCACUUUUUUUAAACAUAUUUGGCUUUCCAUACCUUUAUCAGACCUGAUCAAGGACUAAAAUGAGUCGAACAAGACUUCAGAAUACGGGCUGUAUUAAAACCUUUCAAAUUAUUAAUGUGUCCAUACAGUUAAAGACAGGCAUAUUGCCCAAUUUCUACUGGUGGCGGGGUUGGGGAAUUCAGAGAAACUGUUAUCUGUAACAAAUUUCUCUCAAUAUACUGGGCAUGUAGUAAGGUUAUAACAUUUGGGAAUGUUGCUAUUUCUUAUCAGUCGAGCAAAAUGUUUUGUCAUUGUUUUGGUUUAUUAUUUGUAUUUGUUAUGUCUUUCUUUCUUGGGAAUGUGAAGGUGGAUACUACAUUACUUGUAUACAAGUGUAACUGAUAAUUGCUUUGAUGGAGGUUGAUACUGUGUAAAUGUAGUCUGCUAUGCAGACUCUGAAUGGCUAAUGAGGUGGGAUCUCAGCACGCGAAGCGCGCUGCUGCUGGUUUGCGAACCAGCCUGAAAGGGCAAGCGAAGCAAGCCAGCCACAGUAGACCUAGUCUGCUAUGUAGACUCCUUGAAUCAGCUGUGGUACACACACUGCAGAUGUGGGUCUACAUUUGUAGACUAGGUUCCUUGUUACACAAAACUUAGUGUUUGACUAUAGGGCUGAUUUUUUAUGACUGAUUACAUUGAUCAUUGUGUGCAAUCAAGCAUAUAAGUCAAUUGUAUGAUCAAUUUCUAAGCUUUGUGUUAAGAGCCCUAGAUAUGAAAGCUCUCAAGUAAGUGCAUUGUGUAUGUGCAAGACUCACUUUUGAAUGACAUGGGGAGUUUAUACUUUUAGAUGGAUAUUUAACCCUAUACAGUGCAUAUCAAAAAAAAGUUUACACUUUGAAAAAGCCCUGGGAAUUAAAAAAUACAAUAUGUGGGUAAUUUUUUCACAUAUAAUCUUGGGUUUGGGUCUCAUCUAUCCAAUGAAAGUAAAAGUUUUGACAGAAUGUUACACUUGAGUGAGCAUUGUCCAUUUUUGUAAAGCUCGCAGAAAUCUGUUUGCGCAGAAAUGCUUGUUUCCACGCUGUGUCAAGGGAAAAGGAGAAAUCAAACUUACCCUGCAAAACAUUUCUCAUACAUUUCCCUUGCACUUUUAGUCAAUUGAAAUGAAACAGAUACAUUCAAGCAUUUUGUAACAAUUUUGAAACGCACUGUAUAGCUCAAGCUAUUUUUAAUUUGCAUACCGGGGGGGGGGGGGGGGGGAGCAUUAUGGGCCUUCCAAGAUCUUGGUCGUUUAAUCUCGUGAUUGCGCUCGAAAAUUGGCACGCACGUCACUCAUAAUCUCUUACAUUGGAUUUUGCCCAAAUUAUUUUGAUUUAUUAUGUUAAUUGAUGCAUAAAAUCAUAAAUUGGCUGUAAAUCCUUCAAUAAUGCUCCCAAAUUUUUAGAUUCUGGUCUUUUGAGGAUUCUUAUCAAAUGUAUCUUGAAAACAUGACAAUAUCAUUUAACCCCCCCCCCCGAGGUUUUUUGUCUCACCUGCAUAGCAGAGUGAGACUAUAGGCGCCGCUUUUCCGACGGCGGCGGCGACGGCGGCGGCGGCGGCGGUGGCGACGGCGACGGCGGCGGCGGCGGCGGCGUCAACACCAAAUCUUAACCUGAGGUUAAGUUUUUGAAAUGACAGCAUAACUUAGAAAGUAUAUGGACCUAGUUCAUGAAACUUGGCCAUAAGGUUAAUCAAGUAUUACUGAACAUCCUGCCUGAGUUUCAUGUCACAUGACCAAGGUCAAAGGUCAUUUAGGGUCAAUGAACUUAGACCAUGUUGGGGGAAUCAACAUCAAAAUCUUAACCUAAGGUUAAGUUUUUGAAAUGUCAUCAUAACUUAGAAAAUAUAUGGACCUAGUUCAUGAAACUUAUACAUAAGGUUAAUCAAGUAUCACUGAACAUCCUGCAUGAGUUUCACAUCACAUGACCAAGGUCAAAGGUCAUUUAGGGUCAAUGAACUUUGGCCGAAUUGGGGGUAUCUGUUGAAUUACCAUCAUAACUUUGAAAGUUUAUGGAUCUGAUUCAUGAAACUUGGACAUAAUAGUAAUCAAGUAUUACUGAACAUCCUGUGCAAGUUUCAGGUCACAUGAUCAAGGUCAAAGGUCAUUUAGGGUCAAUGAACUUUGGCCAAAUUGGGGUAUUUGUUGAAUUACAGCCAUAAAUUUGAAAGUGUGUUGGUCUAGUUCAUAAAACUUGGACAUAAUAGUAAUCAAGUAUCACUGAACAUCCUGUGCGAGUUUCAGGUCACAUGAUCAAGGUCAAAGGUCAUGUAAGGUCAAAGAACUUUGGCCACGUUGGGGGUAUUUGUUGAAUUGCCAUCAUAUCUCUAUAAGUGUAUUGGUCUAGUUCAUAAAACAUGGAAAUAAGAGUAACCAAGUAUCACUGAACAUCUUGUGCGAGUUAUAGUAGUUUUCAAAAUCAGCACUGCUGCUAUAUUGAAUCGCGUGAUGCAGGUGAGACGGCCAGAGGCAUUCCACUUGUUUAAAAAAAGGUGUACAGUCAAGGAUCUAUCUCACAGUUGGUUGUCUCCGUUUUGGUGAAGCUUAUCUAUAAUUCUGAUAUUUUAUUUCUGCAUUCAUUAGAGGCAAUAUAUUAUACUUAAAAUUGGUGUUUUGAAUGAAGAGCAGUUGCAAUCAAAUUUAUAUUACUUUUAUGUGAACAGAAAGCAAUACAAUACCCCUGUGUUCCCUUUUUUUUGGGGUGAUGGUAUUUGAUUCCUGUUUGUCAAUUGUUGGUAAUGAGUUAGAAAUCGCAAUCGUCAUUUCAUAGUUACAGUGUAAUGUUUAUUUUAUUACGUUUAGUAUAUUUAUGAGCAAAUAAAUUUUACUGAUUACAAA